AUGCCGUCCUCCAUCCUACCUCAUCCAACUCAGGCACCCCUGCCUGAGAGUGCAGCGGCCGACUCGCCAGAUACAUCGCACGCCCAGCCUGUCCAACAUCUGCGCAACAAGUCUAUUCAGAUCCCCUCCGUCUGCUCCUCGCCAGUCAACUCGCACGCCUCAUACUCUGCAAUCGCGCCGAACUCUGGGUGGUGCCACUCAUCCACCACACGGCGUACACCCUUCCUACCCGAUCGGAACAAGGCAGCAACCGUUGGCGAAAGGACCGGAGAGAGACUGACGCCACCGUAG